AUGGCAGGCCUCCAUCCCAUGCCACUGCCACUGGGGCUGCUUCUGUGCCUUGGACUGAAGUUUUCUGCGGCCACCCCUACAAAUCACAGUGACAACUGCGUGGUCUUUGAUGAGGUCUUCACCACCACCAGCCCAGGCAUCAGGGCUAAUUCGGACACCUAUGAAAGCAACACAAUCUACACAGUAUGGGUUCCGGUGAAUGACAAUGUCAGCUCUGUGAUCCUGCGAGCAGUGGACAAGAACAACAGCACGGUGGGCUCCUGGCAAGGAGCAGACAAGGAAUGCAACAGCGGCUCCCUGUAUUACGUGAAAAACGUACACGACAUGCUGCUCCAGGCAAAUUGGGUGGCUCCUAAAUCUGAGAACAUAACUGAAGUCGAACUACAAGCCUUCACUGUCCUCCCCCACAACACGGCCACAUUGUCUUCUCUGAAACUGAACAGCAAAGUGACAACCACAACCUUGACCUCCAAGAUUUUUACAACCUCGACCUCCAAGAUUCCUGUAACUGUGACCUCCAAGAUUUCCACAACCAAGCCGACCACAGCCUCAACCCUACCCACAACCAGAAGCUUGGCCCACAGAGCCACCAACAGACCUAUCAUAGAUGCCAUUUCUAUCCUGCUCGCUUUUCUCAUCAGCAAACUUCUCUUCUAAAAGGAAACUAGUGAAACAAUUGUUCCUGCCUCCAUGGCAUCCUCCUACGUUCACUUCCAAGCUGGUGCUUGGAAAUGUGUGUGAAUGACGGCUCUACAUUCCCAAACGUGCAACUCAACUGCCACUGCUUCAGACCAGAACAGAGACCAGGGGGCACUCACUGGUGGGCUUGGGUCACGCAGAUGUUCAACUGUAUCUUUCAGGACACAAAUUAUG